AUGCCCCCUGCCAAGUCCGGCGGCAUUUGCGAUACCAAGUCGGUCUUUGGCUUGGAUUCCUGCUCUUCUAUGGCGCAGAAGUGCGGACUCAAGGUGGCAGAUUUCACAAGUCUGCACAGCCAUGACAAGAGGUUUUGUUCGUCUUUGGCGGUUGGCCAACCUGUGUGCUGCACUCACGGAAGGCUGCCUGACAUUAGUCCCAAGCCUGGCAAAGACGGCUCCUGCUUUGUCUAUACCAUCAAGAAGGACAACGGCUGUUCUUCCAUUGCUGCCUCACACGGCAUCACCGUGGCAAACAUUGAGAAGUAUAACAAGAAGACGUGGGGCUGGAACGGAUGCAAGUUGCUGGACGAAAAGGCGCAAAUCUGCCUCAGCAACGGGACGCCCCCCCUUUCCAAUAUCGACGCCACCAAGUAUACGCACAUUUAUUUCGCCUUUGCCAACGUCACGUCCAACUUUGGCAUUGACAGUAGCGGCGCCCAAGUUCAGUUCAAUUGCUUCAAGGCCAUGCCAGGCAGCGUCAAGAGGAUUAUAUCUCUUGGUGGCUGGGACUUUGGCACCAAGCCAGGCACCUUCAACAUCCUUCGCGAGGCCACCAAAGCUGAGAUCAAGAACCACUAUGAAGAUUGCGACUCUGAGUUUAGCACUCUGGACCAGCUCAACAAAGUAAGGGGCGAGAUUCCCUUUUACUGCGUGGACCUGUAUAUCGUCGACAUGGAAAUCCAACUUCUAAGCACUGCACUAGACAGGUACAAGGACCUCAUCGAUAACGGCUAUGAUGAGAAGUUCAAGACCUUCGAGGAGUACACCGUCGAGCAGAUCCCGUCUCAGAUCAACGCUGUCAUGGGCAACGGACAUGUCGGCGAUUUCUUCACGUGCGAAGAGGCGGCGCUCCGCACUUGCUGCUCCAGUUGCCAAUUUGCCUCCUGUAUUGGCAAUUGCGACAAUUCAGACGACUGCAAGGAUGGCUAUGGCACGCAUGAGGUGACCUGUCCCACCAUUUAUAAGGAUGGAACUGAUGGUAUCGACUGGUACAACACCGUCGUGCCUAACGUGACGUACACUUUGCGUGACUCUGACGGCUUCUACGAGGCUAUCAAUAAGGACCAUGGGGUUGGAAAGGACUGGAUCAGAUUCGGCGAUACGUCCGUGAGAGUGUCAAACGGAUGCCAGUGGGCCCAGGGUAAUAUCAGGGAUUGCCAGAAGAGACAAGACGCCUGGUUCUGGCAUUAUCCGCAAGCCGCUGACAAUAUUCAAGUGUUUAAUCCGAAGGACGUCAUUGGCAGAUCGUACGAGAAGUCCAAGGACCUGCUUUUCAACCUCAAAAUGCUUAGGGCCAUUGGCAGCCUCGACUCUCAGCUCAGCAUGGCGGAUUUGGCCGACGCAGCAUCCCUCCCGGCCAUGACGAUGGCGUUCGCCGUGGACAGUAUGAACAAGGUUGUCAAGCAAGCCAGGAGCAUCAAGAAGCGGGAGAGGGAGGACAUGAUUGCCAACUUUGUCGGUGCUAUCCUAUUCUUCAUUCCCUUGGCUGGGGAGGCCGUCGACGCCAGCAUGGCUGCUGUUCGCUCCGCGUUGGCUGUGGUGGACGAAUUCUACGGAGCACAAGACUUGGAUAUGGCACCCAGGUCAUGGAGUAGACCACAUAACGGGUGCGUGCAUGACAGCCCAACCCCUUAUGCCACCUGA